AUGACAUCUUCCCCCAUCAAGUGGAGCCGAGUACCUGCCUCAUAGUAAGUAAAUAAUUUUUUUUACAAAGCCCUGACCAUCUUCGGUCCAGGGUGCCUCAGGACCCUGUUCUACCUCCACAGUGGAAGGCAGCAGUGUUUCUGAAGAUCAGUUGCUGUAAGCCACAGGCGGGGAGAGGGAGAGCUCUGUACAGGUGAAAGAUGGAUCUUAUUCCCAGAUCCAGGAGGCCCACUCUUCUCCCAUAGUUGUCAAGUGGGCUGGGCUGGAGAGAGAGCACAAUUCAGGGCUUGGUGUGGUGGUGGCAGCGAUGGUGUCUCCAGUUCUGACAUGCUGUGUGCCUGGUUCCAUAAUUAUGCUCCACAGCUGCUGAAUUAGCACUUUUUCUGUGAGCUUUGGAUCAUUUCCCCUCCUCUUCUUUCUCAUUCCUCUUCAGUGCCUUGCAGCCACCUCUGAACGCACAGGUUAGAUCGGAGCUGGUGGAGAAAACCAUCAGGAAGGUCUUCUCUCUGCCCUCCCAGAAGCUGACGAAGCUGAGAGACGGGAGCCCCAUGCGAGCAACAGAGAUGCAGGUAACUGGACCUUCUGCUUCUAGGGAUCUGAACGGAGGGAAAUGGCUUGCCGGUACAGCCUGGAACUGUGGCCAGAUAAAAAAAAUUGAGGGGAAAAGGUUGAGCCGUGUAAGCUACAAAUAA